UCAACCAACCUGAACCAGCAUCUGGACCCUAACUAUAAUCCCACCAGAGGAGCUGAAGAUUUCAUUGCUGCGCUCUGGAGUGACCUUGAUGACUAUUACAGUUGCUUUUUCUCAUAUCAGCAGUACACAAAUGGAAGCGUCCUCACUCGUGCCACUCAUGAUAUCAACCAGUAUUUCCCUCAGAUGAACUUCACUGCUUCUUGGGUCUUUGUCGUCACUUGGAAAUAUGGACCUCAGCAAAACCCGGCAAUCCUGCUUCAAGUGGUUUUGAUUUCAGGUGGUGAUCUUUCUUUCUUUCUGAUGAAUUAUGGUGACUGUGCUACAAUUUCUGAACAAAUGGAGGCUGGAUACGACACAAUAAACUCCAUAUACCACUUUGUAAUUCCCGAUUCAACUAACGGCAACUACCAAAACCUCAAGAACACAACUAAUGUAAACGUUCCUGGUCGUUGGGCCUUCAUCGCAGGCAAUGAAUCAGUAACCACCACACCGACCACCACAUUUCCAUCAGGUAAUAAUGUCGGGAAUUAUGUUGUG